CAAUCAAGCCCAUCAAUGUGCGUAGUUCAGCGACCUUUCGAAUUUUCAAUCAUGAAAAGCAAAAACAUCUGUUUCUGCAUCCAAAUCCGGAGCCAAAAGAGUAAGGAAAACGAGCUGGGAGAUGCAGAGAAGCUUUCCGAGCAAAAAACAUCCGAUCAUCAUCCCAAGUCCCGGAAGAAGGGAAAAAGCAGAGGGCACGCCUCUGCUACUCCGGUUGACGAUGCUGAUGGUAGCGUUCCCGGAGCCACCACAACCGAUGGCACUGCUGGUGCCGGAGUGACUGCUGCUGGAGUGAGUGCAGCACACAUGUCAGCAAUUAGUGCGGAUGAAGGUGGCAGUUCUCAUGGUCACGGGGGUGACUAUGGUGGUGGUGAUGGUGGCGGGUGAUCGUGAAAUUAUGUUAUUUUCCUGGUGGUAUUCUGCUAUUCUAUUUCGCGUUGCUAUCAAGGGAGGCGUGUUGUCAUAUGUCUCUGUUAAUUAAUCCCCUUAAUGUGGACAGCCUGGGGUUUCGAGGAAUUCACUGACGGCAUCCCAUUCCCACGGUUUUGUUUGAUAAGUGAGGAGCAGAAUAUCAUAAAGCAACAAAGUUUUGCAUUCUAAUGGUCUUCCUUCUGUUGCUUCUGCUCUGUGAUAUUAUUACAUUCAGUAGAGACAGAGUUUGUGUGUGUGUGUGUGUGUGGUGUUUGUUUGUUUGUUCGUUCAUUGUAUAUUCAUAAUCUGUUGUGGUGCUGUUA